AUGUUUUCGAUUAUACCGAAAAGCUUUUUCCUAUUUAUGCCGCUCCAGGCCGGCGCCGAGAUGAUUGCAGGGUUUGGAGUGUUCAACAAGGCCAGUUCUAUUUACGGGCUAGGUGCGCUGUUCACUGGCCAUGAGCUCACUGUGAUGGAGUGGAUUUUGAAUGUUUUGGGACUGGCCGUACUACCUAUGUUUAUUUGGGGCUAUUUUGCUAUCAGAAAGCAGCGGCCCUUGCUUUGUCUGGGCUAUGCAUAUUUUUAUAUUAUCGACACCCUCGUCUCGCUGGGAUUUACGGUGUUUUUCAUUGUGCACUGGUUUGUUACCGGUGCCAAACAGGCCGAUGCCGUGAAUCAGGGGACUGCUGCGUCCAACUCCACAAUGUCGGCUAUCGUCAACGCAACGUCCGCUGCCGUCAAGCAUGUUGCAACUAGGACAAGCACCAAGUUGCAGCAAACCCACGCACCCAUCAUGCCUCUCUUGAUGCGAGCAACCAGCGACCCCGACAAGCUGAAGAAGAGUGCAACCGUCGGCGAAGAACUCGCCGUCACCAUCGUCUUCACAACACUGGUGCUGCUCGUUCGCUUUUAUUUCAUGAUGGUCAUCAUUGGCUAUACCCGGAACGUAGUGCGGCGGGCGAACCUACGCCCUCAUAACGGCGAACCACAGCAUUCACGCCGAGCCAAGCUACAGUUCAUUCUUUUGAAACCCUUUGAAAAGUUCUGGACGGGGAUUUCCUCUACAAACUACCGCGCUCCAGAAGCCCAGCAUCUACAAAGCAAAGACUUUGACGAGAACCAGCUUUAG